UGCUGCAUCUUGCUAUGCUGCUAAAGUAAGUUUCAGCCAUGUUGUACGAACCUAUAUUGAAAUGAGAAUCACCUAACAUCGGACCUUAAAAUAAGAGAAAGAGAACAACGAAGUUGUUGUGUCUUAAGAAAGAGAGAGAUGGCGGCGGAGAUACCGUGCUGUGGAACAAAGUUUUCACUGUACGUUUUGGUGAUCAUAGGUUUGGUCUGCUUCGCGGGACUAAUGGCUGGUCUCACUCUCGGACUCAUGUCUUUUGGACUCGUCGACCUCGAAGUUCUCAUCAAAUCUGGUCGUCCUCAGGAUCGCAUCCACGCUUCGAAAAUUUAUCCGGUGGUUAAGAACCAGCAUCUUCUGCUUUGCACGCUUUUAAUUGGAAACUCCUUAGCCAUGGAGGCUCUUCCCAUUUUUCUUGAUUCACUGGUGCAUCCCGCUGCGGCAAUCUUGAUUUCGGUCACGCUCAUCCUCAUGUUUGGAGAGAUAUUGCCCCAAGCAACUUGUACAAGAUAUGGAUUGACGGUUGGAGCCACGCUGGCUCCACUUGUUCGGGUUCUUCUUAUAGUUUUCUUCCCGCUUUCUUAUCCUAUCAGCAAGGUUCUUGAUUGGAUGUUGGGUAAAGGACAUGCUGCCCUUUUAAAGAGGGCAGAGCUCAAGACUUUUGUGAAUUUUCAUGGAAAUGAGGGUUAUAGUUGGAGCAGCUGAAGCUUUACAGAAGGCUCAGCUACAAAAGUAUGAUGCAGCAAUUCACUUUUGUGAACAAAGUCAGCAUCUUGCAGAAACGAAUUUUGUCUUGGCAAACAAUACAGCGAAUUCUGAUAGUUCCUUAUGUGAUAGUUACUCAAGUGUAAAAUUGUGGAGGUGGUCAUUGAAAUCCAACUGUUACUUUUGUUUGGGAAGGCUUGAAGCAUCACUUAAUGUUCUUGAGAAAUUACAGCAAGUUGUGUCUGUCACUGACAAGUGUGUGGUCGAUAACAUUGAAGACUUGCUGACAUUAGCUUCUACAAUACGGGAACUUCUAAAGGACAAGGCACUGUGGUUUCUAAAAUUGGAUAUGUGCUAAAUUCUGCCGAGGCAGAGACUUUGCUUUCAGCUACUCUGAUACAUGAGGUGAUGCAUGUUCUUGGUUUUGAUCCACAUGCCUUUGCUCAUUUUAGAGAUGAAAGGAAAAGACGGCGUAAUUAGGUUUGUUAUUUGUUAUUUUUAAGAUGGUGGAGCACGUGGCACAUCAGGGUCUCACUGGGAAAAAAGGCUUCUUAUGAAUGAGAUUAUGACUGGUUCUGUGGAUACAAGAUCUGUUGUUUCAAAAAUGACAUUAGGUAUAUUAGAAGAUAGUGGGUGGUACAAGGUCAAUUGUAGUAUGGCAGAUCAUCUUGAUUGGGGUCGCAACCAAGGUGUAGAGGCUUUGUACGAGGUUCUAUGACCCAGGGAAAUGGUUGCUAUCAACACAGGUGUAUCAACAAUUCUUUAGAGCAAAUGCAAUGGCAAUGGAAUGUGUCUUUCCAAUGGGAUUUGUGAAUGUAAACCUGGUUACACUUGCAUUGACUGCUCCACUGGUACACACCAUUCAUAAUUUUUGAACUAUGAGUUUCCAACAAAGCAUUAAUAAGAACAAAAGUGUGAAAAUUAAUUUACAUCACAAUAUUUAAAGUAAGGCACCUAAACUGUUACUUCCCCACCCGUGGAUAAUCCCUUGGCAAAAUUAAGAUUCAUACCCUGCUUAUUAGAUUGUUAUGUUCUUAUGGGUUUGUAUCUUGCUCUAUGCGGCUGUAUGCUAGUAUAGAUUAAGAUUUCGUAUCUUGGUGUAUGAAUUUAAUUGGUUUCUCAUAUUGGGUAGGAUGGCUAGUAGGAGGAUGAGACCGCUAAUAUGGCUGGGAAUGUUAUAUCUAUUUUAUGUUUUUUUUUACCAGCACUUGUUGUGCUUUGAAUUAGUGAAGUAUUAUUCUACAUAAAAAUAAAAUAAAAUUAUAUUUUUUCAUUUUUUUUA